UAAAAGAGGGAGGAAAACAAAGAUAUUUCCCACCAGCCAAAUGGGCUCAUAAAUAACAGUAUUCCUCUUUUUGAGUCAUUGUGAGGGUUGAAAGAUCAAGAAAUGAUUAACCAGGUGGGACACACACACAAUGCUGUCUAAUGGUCAGUAAUAUUGAAAGGGAAACAAUUAUUUUUCUUGAUAUGCAGAUGCUAGAUCUGCCUAUCACCUAAAAUGAUCCCUCCCCUGGAGGCAUCCCACUUUCUGAACUUCCAUGGAGUGAGGUGGGCUGGCUAGGCUGUGGAGAGUCUCUGGAGAGUUUUGUGCAAAGGAUCCAGACUUAUGUGCCCAUACAUCCCUUCAAACUUAGAGACUGGAGGAAGGAUGGAGCAGACAGAGGCCAGCGCCCGCCUUGAAACUGAGACAGAAAAAUAGGGCCUAAGUCCCUCUGCGCACAGGGAAAUGUAAAGUACUGGGAGGCAAACGUCACAUCCGCCGCUGGGACGCUGCACACAACUCCCUCGGCUCUUUCCACUUCCCCCUUCAAGCCAGGGGCGUGAGCACAGGCCGGGGGGCGGGCACACAGGCUCCGGAAAGGACGAACUUGAGCACAAAGGCAAUGGGACCUGGGGUGGCAAAGAGAGGGGGGACUGGGUUCCUGGAAGAACCUGGAACAAAGGUUCCAACACGCCCGCAGCCGGUCCGAGACCCUCUUCUUUGCCACUUACUUUGGAACUCCGGCCUCACCUCGCCUCCAAAUGGACCCCAACUGCUCCUGCUCCACUGGCGGCUCCUGCAGCUGUGCUGGCUCCUGCACCUGCAAAGCCUGCAGAUGCACCUCCUGCAAGAAGAGCUGCUGCUCCUGCUGCCCCGUGGGCUGCGCCAAGUGUGCCCAGGGCUGCGUGUGCAAAGGGGCCUCGGACAAGUGCAGCUGCUGUGCCUGAUGUGGCGGACAGCCUGCCCUGGGUGUCAAAGGAGGAGCACGAGCCAACCUGCGUUUUUAUACAACUCUGACUUGAUUGCUACAUUCCCUUUCCUAUGAAAUAUGUAACUGGUAAUAAAAGUUGUUGACACUAUUCAGACUUGGCU